AUGGGCGAGAUGGGUCGUCCGCAUAGCCGCGAGAUGCCCGACUUGACUGCUAGCCAGCCUCACGGCAAGCUGCCGGCGGAGCUGCGGGCGCUGGUGGACUUUCUGGAUACUGAUGGACGGCCGACUGCUGUGUGGGAGGAUAUCAACGGACCGCUGCGGAUAUGUGGUGGACAGAAGCUGGUGUACGAGAACGCUGCGUUUAAGAGUCUGGGGCUUGGGGAACGGUAUAUCAGGCAGCUUGUGAAAGACAUCGAGGGACACGGGAAGCUUUUCGCAGGUCAGGAUGUCAGAGGCAGAUGUGAGAAGAGAGGACAGAGCAUUGUUGAUGUGCGGUCGUGGAGAAUCACGCCAGUUGCUAAGCAUUGGAAAGCACUGAUAUACGAGGGCGAGGUUCCCAAUGGGUCUCAUGGCGGGAGUCCGGCAAAGUCUGAGAACGGUACCAAUGGCCAUGGAUACGAGAACAUGAGACAUGAUCCUCAAGACUGGACACGAUUUCCUGUGGACGGUCUCAGUCAGUGGGUCGAGUAUGUCCGUACCUUCGACUGGGCGUCGACGGCUAUUGGGCCAAUGGAGCACUGGUCGGAUCUCCUUCGAAGCUGCGCUCUGCACGUAAUGGCCCACCCGCAUGCGAGGCUUGUUGUAUGGGGCGAACAGAGGACAGUCAUUUACAACGAAGCGUGCAUUCCGCUGGUUGGACAGCGACAUCCUGCGUGCCUGGGACAGCCUGUUGCUGAAGCAUGGGCCGAGCUGUGGACGGAAAUAUGUCCUAUGGUUGAGCAGUCGUUCAACGGAAAGACUCUCAAGCUGGAGCAACUGCCUCUCCUUACAAGAAGGAAUGGCGCGCCGGAAGAGACGUACUGGGACGCCGUUGCGCUUCCGGUAGUUGGAGAAGGUGGCAAGAUCUUCGGCCAAUUCCUGGAGCUCACUGAGAUGACUCGAGCGGUGACUGGCAUCCGGCGACGGAAUAUGGUCGUCAAGAUCCGGCAGAAGAUCAACACUGCAGAAACAUUGCCAGAGCUUUGGUCUUGCUUCCUGAAUGGCUUGGAAGAAGUAUCGGAAGACGUUCCCUUCGCUCUGGUCUACGCGGCCAGCGAUCUUCCGGCAGCAGACGCUUCCGGCGUCUCUCAACCAGAUCCGCAGUGCUCUGGCGCUCGACUCGCUGGUACCGUAGGCCUUGCCGCCGAUCACCCAGAGAUACUUGAAUCGUUCAAUCUGGUAGGUGCAACGACUCCACAGUUUACACUGACAACGCAUUGCCUGAACGCUUGGAAGACUCGGAAGUCCAUCACGAUCAAGUACGAUGACGGCACUCUGCCAGACUAUCUGUCAGCUCCCACUGCUGGCCGGAAGAUCACUGACCGUGUACAAACCGCCGUGGUCUCCCCCAUCACUUCACUGGGGGGUAACGACGUCCUUGGUGUGCUGGUACUCGGCUUCAAUCCUCGACAGCUUUUCAACGAAGAGUACAGGAUGUUCGGAUCAUUCCUCAGCGACUUCCUGUGCCAAGCGGCGUCUUUGAUCUCUCUGCCGCAAGAGCAGAGGAGAGCGCAGAGGUUGGCCGACGAAAUGAACACCACGCUCGCUCAACAACUACGCCUCAUCACGCUGCAAGCGGAGCGACAAGAAGCAAAAUUCGCGAGAAUGGCCAAUGAAGCACCAACAGGAGUUUUCGUAUUUGACCCUGACGGACGACUGCUGUACGCAAACGAUGCGUACCUGAGAGUGCUAGGUGAGACCCGGGAAAGCCAGGCAUCGCGAAGCCCGCACACAUUGGCCUGGCAAGAACACAUCCAUCCAGAUGAUAUGGAGCAUUUCUCCGACAUCUGGGAACGUGGGGUCCAGCAGAAGAUGCCUUUCACUAUUGAGCAUCGCUUGAAGAAGCCGUGGAUUGCCACUGAGUCUGGGCAGGAAGUCAGUGGUGAGACGUGGCUGCUUGCCAACGCCUUUCCGGACGUGGGACCCGAUGGCAAGAUCACGUCUGUCCAGGGGUGGUUGACCGAUAUCAGUCACCGGAAGUUUACAGACGGGCUCGUGGCGAGGAAGCUAGAAGAUGCGUUGGAGUCAAGACGCCAGACUGAGAAUUUCAUCGACAUGACCUCGCAUGAGAUGAGAAAUCCUCUGAGUGCCAUUCUGCAGAGCGCUGAUUCUGUUGUGUUGACACUGGAGCAUGCCGACGCUCAUGGUUCGAAAGCAGUGACUUUGCCGCACGAUGUCGUGCACGAACUCGUCGACUAUGCACAUACCAUCAUCCUAUGCGCCCAGCAUCAGAAGCGGAUAGUCGACGACAUUCUCACCCUGUCGAAGCUCGAUGCGUCCCUACUGGAGAUAUCGCCAGACAGAGUCCAGCCGCCCGAGCUGCUGUACAAGGCUCUUACCAUGUUCGAGUCGGAGAUCAAACGAGCUGGAAUUACCGCAAAAGUCGACGUUGAGCCUACGUAUGAACUGCUGAAUGUUGACUGGGUGAUUUUGGAUCCCAGUCGUGUCUUGCAGGUGGUCAUUAACCUUCUUACUAACGCCAUCAAAUUCACUCAAGACGCUGCGACACGGGAGAUCACUGUCUGCGUUGGCGCCUCGUACGAGAAGCCGACGGGCAAGCAUCAUGGGGUCGAUUUUAUUCCCACGAAGCAUAUCAGGAGAGCGGAGAGUCCGCUUGAUGAGUGGGGCGAUGGCGAGAUACUGUACCUACAGUUUGCUGUGACUGAUACUGGCAGGGGCCUGAGCGAGGAGGAUAUGCAAGUCCUUUUUCAGCGGUUCAAGCAGGCGUCGCCGAAAACUUAUAAGCAGUAUGGUGGUAGUGGGCUUGGACUGUUCAUCUCUCGCGAACUCUGUGAGCUUCAAGGCGGCCAGAUCGGCGUCUCGAGCUGCAAUGGCAAGACGAGCUUCACCUUCUUCGUCCGAGCGAAGAAAUGGGUACCUGAUGCACCAUCCGAGAAGGCACACCGGCCUACGUUGCCUCGAUUCACAAGUACUUCUGCCAGUCCAAUGACCUUUAACCGCAGAGGCAGCGUGUUACCCAGGAGUACAAGCGCAGGGACCGACGAGCUCAGGCGGAUCCCUUCUGUCAAAGAAGAUCCACACACUACCGCAGGCGCCCCACACCCUCUGAGCCGAUCUUCUUCGAUGCAGGUAUCCCCAGCCACGGAGACGAAACUCCACGUCCUCGUCGUAGAAGACAACCUCAUCAACCAAAAAGUCAUGCGCCAACAACUCACUCGCGCCGGCUGCAUGGUGCAUGUCGCCAACCACGGCCUCGAAUGCCUCACCUUCAUCGAGAAGAGCAUUUUCUGCCGGGCUGAGACGCAUCUUUCGGUCGUUCUCCUGGAUCUGGAGAUGCCUACCAUGGACGGCAUUACCUGCAUCAAGCAUAUCAGAGAACGGCAGGGCAAUGGGGAGAUCACGAAACAUGUGCCUGUCAUUGCUGUGACGGCUAAUGCAAGAUCAGAGCAGAUUUCUAUGGCGAUUGAGGCGGGGAUGGAUCAGGUUGUUACGAAACCUUUUCGGAUUCCGGAGUUAUUGCCGCAGAUGCAUGCGUUGGUUGAGGAGGUUGGGCGGAGAUGGGAGGAUGGUUGA